CCUUCCCUCCACAUUUUUGAUUCAUUGUCUGUUUCUUAUAGAACCCUAGCGUCCCACCUAUCUCCCUCCUAAAACUAAACAACACACUUAUCUCUCUCUCUCUCUCGGCGGCGUCACCAUAACCGCCACCGUCACCCUCCUUCACCAAAAAUGACCAUAGAAUUCGAAGACGGUUUCGCAGCGGAGAAGCUCUUUAACCAGGGCUAUUCAUAUACCUAUGACGAUGUCAUCUUUCUUCCUCACUACAUCGACUUCCCAACCGACGCCGUUUCUCUAUCUACUAAACUUUCACGGAAUAUUUCUCUCUCCACUCCUUGUGUGUCUUCUCCCAUGGACACUGUAACCGAGUCCUACAUGGCUACAGCUAUGGCUGCCUUAGGUGGCAUGGGGAUUAUUCAUUCUAAUACGACUCCUCCUGAACAAGCUGAUGCUGUCAGAUCUGUUAAGUCACGUCGCGUUCCUAUUUUAUCUAAUCCAGUUUUCAAGUCCCCUGAUUCUCUCAUUGUUGAUCAGUUCGAUGAUGAUUCUCUGCCUUGUGUUAUAGUUACCGAGUCAGGUACUGCUACUUCUAAGGUGCUGGGCUAUGUUUUUAAGUCGGAUUGGAUGUCUCUCAGUGAUAAAGAAGCAAAAUUGGUUGACUACAUGCAUACUGUUGAUUCAAAAAUCUCUGUGCCGUGGAAUUAUGACUUGGCACAGAUUGAUGCUUACUUAAAACAACAAGAUCAUGAUUUUGUUCUGUUGGAGAAGGAGGGAGAGGUAGUGGAUGUGAUUACCAAGCAAGAGGUAGAGAGGGUAAAGGGCUAUCCUAAGUUAGGAAAAGGGACUGUGGGGUCUGAUGGGAAAUGGAUGGUGGGGGCAGCUAUUGGGACGAGGCAAUCUGACAGGGAGAGAUUAGAGCAUUUGGUCAAAGCAGGGGUAGAUGUGGUCGUGUUGGAUAGCUCACAAGGGAACUCCAUUUAUCAGAUUGAAAUGAUAAAGCAUAUUAAGCAAACGUAUCCAGAAUUGGACGUGAUUGGUGGGAAUGUGGUGACUAUGUAUCAGACGCAGAAUCUGAUCGAGGCAGGUGCAGAUGGGUUGAGAGUUGGAAUGGGGUCUGGGUCUAUUUGCACCACCCAGGAGGUUUGCGCAGUUGGGCGAGGACAGGCAACUGCUGUUUAUAAGGUUUCAUCUAUAGCUGCACGAAGUGGUGUUCCUGUCAUUGCAGAUGGUGGCAUUUCAAACUCUGGGCAUAUUGUUAAGGCUUUGACACUGGGGGCAUCUACUGUUAUGAUGGGAAGCUUUUUAGCUAAUGGUUAUCGGAUUAAAAAGUAUCGUGGCAUGGGUUCUCUAGAAGCAAUGACUAAAGGGAGUGAUCAAAGAUACUUGGGCGAUACAGCUAAGCUAAAGAUUGCACAAGGAGUUGUGGGAGCUGUUGCUGAUAAAGGCUCUGUUUUGAGGUUUAUACCUUACACCAUGCAAGCAGUCAAGCAAGGGUUCCAGGAUCUUGGUGCUUCUUCUCUGCAGUCUGCUCAUGAUUUGUUGAGAUCAAAGACUCUGAGGCUUGAGGUUCGAACAGGUGCUGCGCAAGUUGAAGGAGGAGUACAUGGGUUGAUUUCUUACGAGAAGAAAGCCUUUUAAAUUUGAGAUCCUCUGGCAUUUCUUCCUAUUGUUAAAUGACUGGUCUCUUAUUUGAAAAAGACCAGGAAUGAUAUUUGAGUCAACUGCAUUAACAUCUAAGGAUGGAGUCUGCCAUGGCAUUUUGUCAUCAUAAAAUUGAGAUCGAUUUUUCCAGGACCAGAAGCAGAAAUCCCAUUUUUCAUCUGCUUUUCUUUAUGGGCACAAAAGCACUCAUCAUCUCUGCGGAUUUUGUGAUUUAAUUGGAAGAGUAAUUUAUGAAUUAGUAUAGCAAAAUUUUCUUUUUUGAACAACUGAGGAAUAAUUUUAUCAUUCUUAUGAAAUAAAAUGAUUGGAUUUGUGGAACCAUGUAUUCUUCUUGUGACACUGAAUGCAUUAUCAUUCUCUAUUCUAUUCUAUUCAAAACUUCCAUCUUUCUUUUGUUC